CCCACGGCCAGAGCCUCAUCCUGCGUCUGUUUCAACGUCCUCAGAAUAUUUCUCCACUCGCUGCGCCCCUCUCUCGUUCCGCUGCGUGUACGCUCUUUAUCUACUAGUCUUCUUGCUUGUGUGCAGCUCUCUCCUCGCUGUAGCUCCUCCUCGAGUCUCCGUCGCUACGUAUUUCAUUUGUUUUAACCCAUAUUUUGCCAACCAACUCCACCCUUCCCUCAGACCAACAUUCCUUGCCAGAUCCGGGAUUUUUAACCAAUCCCCCACCUAGCGCCACCCACAUCUCAAACCCGGAGAUCACCUCUAUAGAUAAGAGAGACUGAUUUUAAUACAUUGGGGUCUUGGAUAUCCCCUAUCGGGUCGCCGAAUUCAUUGCUCGGACUCGGUGAUACUGUGUUAGUCUCGGGAUUUUUAUAUUGGAGUCAAGAACCCCCCCCCCCCCCCGGCUCUACCAGGCCCUGUCUCUACCGACUGGCAGAUUCUCCGUGCCUCGUCGAUUAUGAGACGCUUGCGGAGACUGGCUUCGAGGCCAUUCCUGCUUUUCGUGCUGUUUUUAUGUCUGCUGGUUCUAGUUGGCAAAGUGGAAGCGCAAGCCCCAAACCCAAGACCGCCUCCUAGAACAACAGAUGCCCCCAGUCCGGAACCCACAAACACCGGAACCAGCGAAACCACGUCGCAAGAGACUGAACAACCAACUGGAACAACCGAGAGCGUCCUUCCUCCCAUUACAACAACAACAACAACCACAACUGAUCCUCCUACCACAACCACCGUCAGUUCAGCCAACUUGCCCUCAAUAACCAGCGAUAGUUCUUCCUUGAGCCUCCCCCCGCUCUUCAGAACACCCACCCCGCAAGUGCCCCCACAUGCCGGGGCUCCGUAUCUCCAACCCACAAGCAUCCCAGAUGGCUCUAUCUUCAUAGGUGUUGGUGGCGCCCUAGGCUUGUUCGGCCUGAUAAUAUUCCUUUGGCGAGUGCUGGUAGCCUGGUCUAUCAACCGGUCCGUCCGCCGCGCAGCAACCCGCCCCGAUCUGUCAGAUACAACCCCCGCGCUCCUCAACAAGCGAAGAUCCGGCGUCUACCCUCAAUUUGCGCCUGGCGCAUCCAUGUCGAUGGAAAAGAUGGGCAACAGCGGUGCACGCCUUUCUGGAUUACCACCGCGAACCCACACGCCAAACUCGAGCCUCUUCUUUUCCCCAACUGCUGGUGCUGGCCUGCACACGAGCGGGAACAGGGGUUCCAGCUACCUCCCCGCGGGAUACUAUGCUACAGGCUCCACCACCGCCCCGGGCCAAUCUAUAGGUCUCUCGCCACUCGGCCCGCAGACGCAGGGGUACCCCCGCACGAGAUCUACAGGCGGUACCACCCCGCCUGCCUCUCCCAGUCUUGCGCCGACAAGUCGAGGAGGAGGCCAUGAGCAGGGCUUUCCUUCGACUAGUAGUGUGAAUCUAUCGGUUGCGCCACAGGGGCGCGCACCAAGCGCGUACCUAGAAGAUUUGUUUGAGAAUCACCCGCCUAGUCAAUGAUAGUUGGUUUAAAGCUUUUUUUUUUCUUUUUCUGCUGCUCAAUUCUUUCUUUCUUUCUUUCUUUCUUUUUUUUUUUUUUUUUUUUUUUUUGGUUCUGACGUUUCAGAUGAUAUAAAGUUAAUAUAUUUUCUUCUACCUUCUUUCUUUUCUUGGUUGACAUUGGCUCCCAUGCAAUGUCCUUAUUCGAUUUUGGCUAUACAAGUAAAUAAUUUAAGACUUUUCUUUUUUGGGAUCCGCUUUUCCUUCCUUUUCUCACUUUUCUUUCUGGUAUAAAAAAAAAUGCUCCUCCACUCCUACCUUCUUGCUGGUAAUUUUCAGGGGUUUUCCUUGCCCUACCAAAAUCCCGGUUAUACUGUUUGAUUCUCACUUCGUAUUCACCAAAGAAGGCAUAUCUGCUGCUCGUUCCCCUCCUCGAAUAUUUGCCUAGGAACUUUUGUGCUUAGAGUUGGAGUUUCUGCUUAUUUCCCCACUUCCCUUUACGUCGCCUUCUUGUGCCUCUUUUUUUUUUUUUUUUUUUUUUUUUUUUUUUUUUUUUUUUUUCAUUCAACCCGGUGCGAAACUCUUUUCUCUUUUUUACAUUCCAUCUAAGGUAUAUUAUAUUACACAUUGUUUUCAUAGCGAAACUUUUUCUCUUGCUUUUCCUUUCCUUCUAUCUUCUUUUAUUUAUUCAUUUUGUGUGUCUUUUCACGCUCUUCUUUUGCGUAUGCGCUUGCCUUCCGCCCCCACCGAAUUUUGUAUGUAUCCUCUAUAAAUAGCUUGGCUAUCUUUACAACCGUAUAAAUCUCAUAUAUUAGAUUCGAACUCUUUCAUUCCUCGUUUCGCUCACAAAGUAACUGUAGUAAUGUUUUUCAUGGGCGUCAUUUUCUCCCUGGGUUUUGAUCUGAGUUUGUUUCCAGCUAGGGUUUUACAUUUGCUAUGGUACUCUAUAGACUACUGUUGACUGGGAUGGGCCUGGAGAAAUUAUUAGAGAACUAGCAAGUUCGAGCCCCAUUCGAAAAUACAACAAAAAGAGAUAUUAUACAAAGUAAACCGAAAUAUAAAUUAUAUAAAAUAAGAAGGAUAUAAUGUACUGUAAGCACAUGUACAUGGAAUGUUAUCUCAAAAAGCUCAAAAAGUUUGUAGACGC